AUGAAGAUCCUCGCCAUCUCCUACGGCACGGAGGGCGACACGCGCCCAAUGGUGGCUCUCUGCCGUGGGCUCCUGGACGCCGGACACACUGUGGUCCUACUUGGUGAUCCGCCUGGGUUGGGCUCAGCCAAAGCGCUCGGCGUGCCGACUGUCGCCCUCUCUGGUGACCUGCAGGGUAUGAUGCGGAGCACGCCGGCGAACGCGACGGGCCCGCAAGUCCUCAAGCUCGUGAACAAGAACACGUCGGCGUGGAUGGCGGCCGUGCUCGCCGAGUGUCCUGCCGACCUCAUCCUGGCCGGCGGUCUGAGCGUAUAUGUCGCCGAGAGCGUUGGGGAACGCACAAACACGCCAGUCAUACAGACCGUACUCACGCCGGUUGGGUCACGGACGCGCGAGUUCAUCUCGCCUAUUAUGGCCGGCUUGCCAUUACCUCGAUGGGGAUGGCUCAACCUCGUGUCUCACACGAUCGUAUGUUGGUUCGCCUGGUUGGUUUUCCUCUCCGCCACCAAUGCCGCGCGCAAAGAACAUGGUAUGGCUCCUCGGCGCCGUCGCCGGGUUGGCGAUCCUCAGGUAUAUGGUAUUUCGCCCGCGCUGCUCCCCAGGCCUAGAGAUUAUCCAUCCAACGUUCUUUUCACAGGACAAUGGGUGGUACCAGCCACCUACUCCCCGCCACCAGAACUUGAGGCGUUCUUAGCUGCCGGCGAGAAACCGAUCUACGUCGGUUUCGGGAGCAUGGCGGGUGUCUCUUCGGAUCUCAUCGUUGCGCUGCGAGAGGCGAUUGGUGACCGCCGCGCAAUCUUCGGUCGCGGGUGGAGUACCAUUGGAGACCUCCCGUCAAACUUUCACGCCGUGGAUGACGUGCCCCACGAUUGGCUUUUGCCGCGCUGUGUAAUGGCGAUUCAUCACGGCGGAAGCGGGACAACGCACUCGGCCUGUGCGGCAGGCGUGCCGUCCAUCAUCCUGCCUACGGUUGCGGACCAGUACUUCUGGGCGCAGCAUAUGGCCGAUAUUGGUAUCGCCAAGCACGUGCUCCGGAUGCACAGCCUCGAUACGAACAAGCUGCGAGCGGCUAUUGCGUUCGCGGACACGUCGGGGCCGCAGGAGAAGGCACGUGAUCUUGGACAGGCGAUGGGUUUGGAGGACGGAGUAAGCGCUGCUGUCUCGGCCAUAGAAUCGUUCGCAGAGCAGUAA